AUGAGGCCUCACACACCUGCAUGGGUUUCCAACGGGCGACCAAUUUGGGUUACGUUCCCAGUGCAACCGAGGGGUUCUCCCUUCCUACAGUGUCGCAAGAGUAUUCGAGGUCUCUCCACAGCGAAAGCAGGCGCGUUUGUAUACAGCCACGACAGGGCCGUUGAACGCAUCUCAGCCAGCGUGAGAGAGUUCUAUGAUCGGAAGCAGAAGUUCCGCAUCUUCCAUGGCUCUACAAACAGUACACGGCAGUCUACUGUUACACACAAAAACAUCAUCGACACGAGCUCCCUCUCCCACGUCCUCGAAAUCAAUACCGAAAAGCAGACUGCCUUAGUCGAGCCAAACGUGCCGAUAGACAGACUAGUGGAGGAGACAAUCAAACAUGGACUGGUGCCGCCUGUGGUUAUGGAGUUCCCUGGCAUCACAGCAGGGGGUGGUUAUGCUGGGACAUCAGGGGAGAGCAGUUCUUUCAAGCAUGGAUUCUUCAACCGAACGAUCAAUAAUGUCGAGAUGGUGCUUGCGGAUGGGGAAGUUGUUAGAUGCUCAAAAUAUGAGAAGCCCGAUCUCUUUCAUGGUGCAGCUGGCGCCGUUGGUAGUUUGGGCGUCAUAACUUUGGUCGAACUGCAACUCCGCCAAGCCAAAAAAUACGUCGAAACAGUGUACCAUCCCGUAUCAAGUGUGGCUGAAGCUAUAGAGAAGAUUGGAAAGGUCACAAUGGAUCCUGAGCUUGACUAUGUGGAUGGUAUCUUGUACUCGAAAACCCAGGGCGCCGUCAUUACUGGCCGGAUGACCGAUGUUCCCAAUCAGAACGUCCGGGUUCAACGCUUCAGUGACGCCAAGGAUCCCUGGUUCUACCUCCAUGUACAAGACGCAAUCACAAAGACGAGUGGUCCAACCACAGAGAUGAUUCCAAUGGCUGAAUAUCUUUUUCGCUACGACCGUGGAGGCUUCUGGGUUGGAGCUCUCGCCUUCGAUUACUUCAAAAUGCCCUUUAACGACUAUACACGCUGGUGGCUUGAUGAUUUUGUGCACACACGCAUGAUGUACACGGCUUUACAUGCCAGUGGACAAUCCAAGAAAUGCAUAAUCCAGGACUUAGCGUUGCCAUUUUCAACGGCCGAGCAGUUCGUCGACUAUACGGACAAGGCGUUCGGUAUCUAUCCCCUCUGGCUUUGCCCUCUGCGCCAGACCAAAUUGCCAACCAUGCAUCCUCAUGUGAAUGAGAUGGAAGCAGACGGUCACACCCUGAAGCCUAUGCUUAAUAUUGGCCUCUGGGGACUCGGUCCACCUCAACCGGAUGACUUCGUGCAAGCUAAUCGUGACCUCGAGCGGAAGCUCCGCGAGUUGGGCGGGAUGAAGUGGCUUUAUGCGCAAACGUAUUAUACCGAAGAUGAGUUCUGGCAGAUGUACGAUCGGAAGUGGUAUGAUGCCUUGCGCGAAAAGUACAAUGCGACCUCCUUGCCAAGCGUCUACGAGAAAGUGAAAGUCAAUAUCAACGCCGAGAAAGUGGCAAUGAUUGCGCCUCUAGGCUCCUCCCUUCUCAGCACAUGGCCUUUCAGUGGUCUCUACGGUAUCAAAAAGGCUAUUGAUAGCGGUGCAUAUCUCCAGGCCAGAACAUCAGCAUGGAGAUCGAUUGGGGAGGGAGACCGAUUUGGUACAAAUAGGUGA